AUGCCUGCCACCGCCAACGGAACCACCAAUGGACAUGUCGACGAAGACCUGGCAACAGCUUUCCGGAAACAUCUACCGGACUUGACAUCACCACGCUUCACGACCUCCAAGGAACAGACUCCUUACGAGUACUCAGAAGCCUUCCAGAAAACCCACCACCCACCAUGGCUCUACAACCUGACCGAAACCUGGAAAGAACUCCUCAAAGAGCCCUACAAAGGCGUAACCAACGACGGAACCGUCCGCCCAAACCUCUACAAAAACGAAGACUUGGGCGUCAACACCGCACAAAUCACCGCCGCCGUAAACACAACCCUCUCCCUCCUCACCCCCUCCCAAGCCACCCAGCUGCGCUACCCCCUCGCCUCUAAAGAAUGGCGCUGCUGGUCCAACCCAGAAUUCCUCCUGCGCCCCUUCGGCCUCCGCCUCGAAGGCCUUUCCGACGAUCUCGCCCAAUCCAUCCUCUCCAUCCUCUCCGCCACCUUCCCACCCGAAGGCUACGCCAAAGCGCUCGCCGCCAUGCGCAUCAACCACUUCCUCGGCGACCUCUGUUCCGUGCCACAACUAAUGAACCAAUACUCCUACAACUUCCUCCUCUUCGGCUCGCCCUCAUCCACCGAAGCGUGGGGCUGGUCGUUGUAUGGCCAUCACUUAUGUCUGUCCGUCUUUUUGAAAGGUGGGGAUAUCAUCAUAUCGCCAACUUUCACGGGCGCGGAGCCGAAUCUGAUCGAUGCGGGGCCCUGGAAGGGGACGGCGAUAUUGCACAAGGAAGGGGAGUUGGGGUUGAAGUUGAUGCAGAGUUUAUCGCAAGGGGAGCAGAAGACGGCGCAGAUUUUCAAGUUGAUGCGGGAUCCGGGGAUGUUGCAGAGUGGGGAUUUGAAGGUUGAUCGGUGGAAUCAGGAUGAUCAACGGCAUCUUUGUGGUGCGUUUAGGGAUAAUCGGGUGGUGCCUUAUGAAGGUGUCAAAGUGUCCACCAUGACUUCGGAACAGCAGGAUCUGGUUCUGGAGAUUGCGGAGGAGUUCUUGCUGUAUCAUCCUCAUAAGGCGAGGCAGAGGAGGAAGGAGCAGAUCAAGGAGCAUUUUGAGGAGACUUACUUCAGCUGGAUCGGUGGGUAUGGCGAUGAUGAUGCCUUUUACUAUCGGGUGCAGAGCCCGGUGAUAAUCUUUGAGUUUGAUCAUCAUUCGGGGGUGUUUUUGACGAAUACAGAGCCUGCAAAGUAUCAUACGCAUACGAUCGUGAGGAUGCCGAAUCAGGGUGAUUACGGGCAGGCGUGGAGAAAGCCGGAAGAGAGAGUGCCGUAG